AUGGCUUCCGGUGGCGGCCGACGAUGGCAGCAAUUCUUGCAGGAGUUGGUUAUGAUUGCCGGCACAUCUGCAUCGGCCUAUUUCCUCAUCCGAUACCUUUUAUCGCGCAUUGAUUUGGACCCCGAUAGCCAGAAGAAAGAAGAACAAAAACGCAAGUCUGCCGCGAUCCUUCGAAGACUCGACGUGCCAGACGCCGAUGAUGGAACCCCCGGCUCGCAGCCGCGACAUAAGCAAAAGAAGGAGGACUUGGUGCUGAACCAGUACGAGCAAUCUAUUGCUAUGGAUGUUGUUGCUCCCGAAGAUAUUCCCGUCUCUUUUGAGGAUAUUGGCGGGCUGGACGACAUCAUCGAAGAGUUGAAAGAAUCCGUGAUAUACCCUCUGACAAUGCCCCAUCUCUACACCUCCACGUCGUCGCUCCUCUCCGCGCCGUCUGGAGUGCUGUUAUACGGUCCUCCGGGAUGUGGCAAGACGAUGCUGGCGAAAGCCUUGGCCCAUGAGAGCGGAGCCUGCUUCAUCAAUUUACACAUUUCAACCUUGACCGAAAAGUGGUACGGCGAUUCGAAUAAGCUAGUCAAUGCUGUCUUUUCUCUGGCCCGAAAACUACAACCGUCUAUUGUCUUUAUCGAUGAGAUCGAUGCAGUCCUCGGCACGCGGAGGAGCGGUGAGCAUGAAGCCAGUGGAUACCGCGAUCAGUUUGAUCUCGAAUACCUUGUGAGCGCCAUGGCAGGCAUGUCGGGGAGCGACAUCAAGGAAGCGUGCCGAGAUGCCGCCAUGGUGCCUAUGCGAGAACUCAUCCGGCAAAAGAAAGCGGCUGGCGUCCAUAUGACGACAGUCCAGCCUUGGGAAGUUCGUGGCCUACGCACGGAAGAUUUCUACAACCGUGCAGGCAGCGGCCUCAAAGUGAUUCCCAAGCCUGCUGCGUCGACGAACACGACCCAGAAGGACGACAAGGAAUGGAGCACCGACUCUGAGGGGGGAGGAGAGGGAGCAGAAGCUUCAAUACCCCACGUCGUAUCUGAUCCGCCAGAGUGA